AUGAAUGCAAUGGACGCUAGAGAGAGAAGAAAACGCAGAAAGUUAUAUUUGGAUAACAGAAAAUCCAAAAAACAAUAUACCACAUCAUUGUCUCAUCGUACACCUAUUGCACAUGUUAUUCAUUGUACCCAAUUCGGUUCAAAGAACACUACAGAAUCUACAAACGCUAAAGAGAAGAGAAAAAUUAGAAAAUUAUAUUUGGAUAAUAAAAAAUCCAAAAUAUUACAUACAUCAUCAAACUCUCAAAAUUCAUCUUUGAAUAAAGGUGUUACAUUAGAUAAGGAAAAUAUAAAUCCAGUCAAAUCAUUUGUAUAUCAACAUACAAUUAUUGAUCAUCCUUCAACAAAUUCAAACGGCAAUUAUAUUUUCAAUAAUAAAUUUCGAACACCACUAUCUACUAACAAAGAUAAUUCUUUGUUUGGUACCGCCACUAUAUCCACUAACAUUUCAAAUAUAAAUGUUAGAACACCAUUUUCUAACAUUUCAAAUGGCAGUUAUAUAUUCAAUAAUAACUUUCAAACACCGCUCUCUAUUAACAAAAAUAAUUUAGUGUUUGGUAAUGCCACAACAUCCAUCAAUCGUUCGGCAAUAAUCCAGAAUUCUUCAUCAAUCAAGUUACCAAGAGGAAAACAUCAUUUAAAAAGAAAGACUUCAUUUAUAUCCGCUAUACCUAUGUUUGACUUGACAUUAGAUGAAGAAAAAAUAGAUGAUCAUAUUAUUGAAGAUAUUUUCCGCGAUUACUUUGAUCAUGGAGAUCAGAUUAUUAUAUGUCAGAUUUGUCAUGCAAAAUUAUGGAAAGAUGAAUCGGUUAGAGGGCAAAAAAAAGAUAAUACGUCUUAUUCCCUAUGUUGUGGUUACGGCAAAGUUGAGCUACCACCCUUAAAAGAAGCACCGUCAUCCUACCAAAAUCUAUAUAGAUCGGUAGAUUCAAAAAGCAAACACUUCAUGAAGAACAUUCGACGUUACAAUUCAAUGUUUUCGUUUACAUCGAUGGGAGGCAAAGUUGAUUCAUCCAUCAAUAGAGGCAACGCACCGUACAUAUUCAAACUUAGUGGUCAAGAUUAUCAUAGUAUAGGAAGUCUUUUACCUACACCUGGUUCAAGACCGAAAUUCUGUCAGUUAUACAUAUACGAUACGGAGAACGAGAUUUCAAAUAGAUCGACAACUUUUGGUGGUCCGACAAGCGAUUCUACGUUAACUUCAACAUCAUAUGAUCUCCAAAUUAUAGAAUUUUUGAAGGUUAUGUUAGAUUCGAACAAUGCAUUGGUCAAGUCUUAUAGGAUGGUAAGAGACACUCUUCAUGAAAAUCCUUGUGCUAAUUUGAAGUUAAGAUUAAUUGGAAAAAGAGAACAAGAUGGAAGGACCUAUAACUUACCAACUUCUUCUGAGGUUGCAGCUUUAGUUGUCGGUGAUUUUUGUGAUUCAAUUGAAAAAAGAGAUAUCGUUGUUCAAACUUCAUCAGGAUUUUUACAGCGUAUCAGUGAAUUACAUCCUUCUUACCUUGCUCUUCAGUAUCCAUUACUAUUUCCAUAUGGCGAUGAUAGUUAUAGAGUUGAUAUCCUUCAUAGAGAAUUCAAGAUAGUGAUCAAUCGUUCUCACUUACCGGUGGUGCACGCUUAUGAGAAUUUGCGUAAUCAGCAAGCACUUGGAAGUAUAGAUAUUUCCAACGUCGGACAACGUGUGAUCUUACCUUCUUCAUUUACCGGUGGUGCACGCUAUAUGAUGCAAAACUAUUUGGAUGCCAUGUCGCUCUUGGUUUAUACAAUUGAAUUUCAAAAAAGAGGUUUACCUCAUAGUCAUAUAUGUCUGUUUAUGCAUGCUAAAUGCAAGCUUCCAACAGUUGAAGAUAUCGAUCCCAUAAUUUCUGCUGAGAUUCCAAAUAUUGAUGAUGAUCCAGAAUUGUAUUCACUUGUCAAGGAGUUCAUGAUUCAUGGUCCAUGCGGAGCUGAAAAUUUGAAUUGCCCAUGCAUGGUCGACGGAAAGUGUUCUAAAAACUUUCCAAAGCAAUUUUGUGAUCAUACUUCAGUUGAUUCAAAUGGUUUUCCCUUAUACCGGAGAAGAAAUGAUGGACAUUUUGUAGAAAAGUCUGGUGUUCAGUUAGAUAACAGAAAUGUUGUUCCAUACAACAAAUAUCCGUUGAAAAGAUAUCAGGCACACAUUAAUGUUGAAUGGUGCAAUCAAGGAUCUUCCAUAAAGUAUUUGUUUAAAUAUAUAAACAAGGGUCCUGAUAGAGCUACUGUAUCUAUGGUGCCAAGCAAUAAUUAUUCCGAUAACAAUGAUGCAGUGGAUGAAAUUAAAGAAUACUAUGAUUGUAGAUAUAUUUCUGCAUGUGAAGCAUCAUGGCGGAUUUUUAAAUACGAUGUUCAUUAUAGAUAUCCUGCUGUGAUUAGACUACCUUUUCAUCUUCCCAAUCAACAACAAGUUGUAUAUGAGGCAGACGAUGACAUUGAAGAUGUUCUUGACCGAACUUCCGUUGCUUCUUCAAUGUUCACAUCUUGGAUGAAGUGUAAUGAAAUCAGUAAAAAAGCACGAAAACUGACAUAUGUUGAAUUUCCUACAAAGUUUGUUUGGCAUCGUAAAGAUCUUAUUUGGAAGCCAAGGAAAGUUGGAUAUGCAGUUGGUAGAAUUCACUCUGUUUCACCUAAACUCGGAGAAGCAUAUUUCUUAAGAAUUCUUUUAAAUAAAGUGAAAGGUCCUAAAUCAUUUGAAGAAAUUCGCACAGUCAAUGGUGAACUAUGUUCUUCUUUUAAAGAUGUAUGUUAUACUCUUGGCCUUUUAGAUGAUGACAAAGAAUUCGUCGAUGCAAUUAAGGAAGCAAGUCUUUCUAGAUCUGGUUUAUCACUAAACGAAGAUCAACUUAAAAACUUGACUUUGUUUGAGAUAGAACAAAUUUUACUCCGUAACAAUUCCAGUCUCAAACACUAUGGAAAGAUGCCUUACCCAGAUGUUGAUUCUGUUUCAUCUUCAAACAAUCGUCUUAUUACUGAGGAGCUAGAUUAUGACAUACCAAAUUUAAAGAACGAGUUUAAUCGGUUGUUUGUUGCAUUAACAAACGAGCAACGAGACAUUUUUCUUGAUAUCAUGGAUGCAGUUAAACAUAAUAGGGGAGGUGUAUUCUUUGUUUAUGGUUAUGGUGGAAUUGGUAAGACAUUUCUUUGGAAAACAAUUUCUACAGCAAUUAGAGGUCAAGGUGAGAUGGUUUUAAAUGUUGCUUCAAGUGGGAUAGCUUCAUUAUUAUUGACUGGAGGCAGGACAACACACUCUCGGUUUAUAAUUCCCAUAAAUCUUACCGAUGAUUCUUUUUGUAGAAUAAAUCCAAAGAGUGAUCUUGCCAGUUUAGUGCGAAAAACCUCAUUGAUCAUUUGGGAUGAAGCACCCAUGGUUCACAAACAUGCAUUUGAAGCUUUAGAUCGAACUCUCAAGGAUAUAUUAAAGUGUGUCAAUCCUAGGAAUUCAAAUAUCCCAUUUGGAGGGAAAGUGAUUGUCUUUGGAGUUCAUAAACUAACCAAAAACAUGAGGUUAACAGUUGGAAGCGAUCCAUCUUCUAUUAAACAAAUAAGGGAUUUUGCAACUUGGCUUUUAGACAUAGGAGAAGGUUCAUUAAUUAGUUUUGUAUAUCCUUCUAUACUGGAAAACUUCAACAUUCCUGAUUAUUUUCAAGAAAGAGCAAUAAUUGCUCCCAAGAAUGAAGUUGUCCAAGAAAUAAACGAUCGUUUGUUGUCAAUGUUUCCAGGAGAACCAACUGAAUACUUAAGUUCAGAUAGCCUAUGCCAAUCCGAGUUUCUUCAUGAUAAGUUUGAUACAAAUUUAUACUCACCUGAUGUUUUAACUGGUCUUAAAGUCUCAGGUCUGCCAAACCAUAAGCUUAUUUUAAAAAUCGGUGUUCCAGUUAUGUUAUUGAGAAACAUUGAUCAGAAAAACGGCUUAUGUAAUGGGCUAGACUACAGGUUAUAUCUUUGGGCAAACGUGUUAUCGAGGCAGUUAUCUUAA